AUGGAAGCCGAUCAGAGAUUCGCACGUGUGACUCAGGACCCGCGAUUCAAAGUAAGGUUUGAAUUCAGCUGUUUUAUUUGAUGGCCUGAAUUUAUUUGAGUUCCUUAGCUACCCAUAUCCUUAAUGAAAUCUUCAUUUUCUUUUUCGAAUUUUCGUUGAUUCUGUGAAAAAAUCUACCCAUAAGGAACAUAAAAUUGCCAAACCUUAGAACAUUGUAGUUGAUAACAGAUAGACUCCGAUCGAAGCUUCUCCCACAUCAACAUGAUCGUGUGUUAUCCUUUCCAGAAAAUAUCACGGAAGGAGAAGAAGCUUAAGAUCGAUGGGCGAUUUCAAGGGAUGUUCACGGAUACGAGCUUCACAACAAAAUGUAAGAAAUUUGUUUAAUUAAAGUUCUACUAAUUUGAUGUCAUUUACUUGAUUGUUAAACAAAUUCUCCUCGUCAGUACCAAAGGAAAUUUGUAGAGAAAAGAAUGGAGAAUAUGGAUACUGAUGUUGGUGUGUAAAGGGAUAAGUAAUUUUAUUUUUUUCAAUUUUGUCAAACUCAGUUACAUGUAUGUCUAUAUUUUUAUCUAUAGAUUUUGUUGACAAACGUGGCUCAAAAGUCAAGAAAACAUCAAAAGAAGAUCUUCACAAAUUUUAUGAAAUCUCAGAUGAAUCAGACAAAGGUAUAGCGAACAAUUCAAGCAAAACUUCGAUUAUAUCAUAACUUGUGUUUCUUUUAAAACUUAAAUAUAAAUUUCUGUUUGCCACCUAAGCUCUAAGCUCUUCAACCCUUUGACUCCCAAGAGUGACUAGCAUCUAAUUUCUUCUCACAAUAUCACCCCUGAAUCACACAUUAUGUAUUAUGGUCAUGAGAAUAAGGAAAUGAUCACCAACUAAAAAAGCCCCUGAUUGUCAGACAAUUUCUCCUUGUCAGCACCUAAGGUAACGAAGAGCAAACAGUAUGGAGAAUAUGCAUACUGAUGUUCAGAUGAAACAAUAUCCCCAAGUUGAUAUUUUUUCUUCUUACCAUGACCUUUCCUCUUGAGAAUGUUUUAAUAUUGUAAGGAGAAAUUUCUGUUUGGUCUCUCCUUGGAAUAAAAAAGAGGUUAAUAACAUAUCAGCCUAUUAACCCUUUGACCCCAAACAGUGAUGAACAAUUAAUUUCUCCUUACAACAUCACCUCUGAAUCACACAUUAUGGUCAUGAGAAUAAAGGAAAUGAUCACCCACUAAGAAGCUCUUGAUUGCUAAACAAAUUCUCCUUGUCAGCACCUUAGGAAAUGUAUAGAGAACAGUGUGGAGAAUAUGCAUUUUGAUGUUAGGGUGUAAAGAGUUUAUUUGAGGGACCCUUUUGUGGAGUUAACCACACCACUUCAUUUUCUUCGUUACAGAAGACGAUGAAAAAGACUUGGAUGAAGAAAUUGAAAAGAAAGGUGUCAAGAUGCCAAAGGAUAAAAAUAAAAUGAAGAGGUACUAUCAAGUUAUUUUUUUUUCUUUAUCCCACAGGAAAGCUUGUCCAGGUGUGAGGCAUCAUUUGCCUGUUGAUUCAUAACUGUACAAUAUUUUAGAUGCAACAUUCUCAAGAGUUCUUGCAGAUGAAAUUGUAAAAUCCCCUUAUUUUAAGAUGGUGGCUGGCUUUUACUACAGUCUAGUUUGAGCACUAGUUUUCAGCUCUUCGUGAAGAAACUGUCAAGUGGCUGAUUUGUUUACAUGUUUGUUUAUUCAUAUAGGAGAGAAAAGGAAGAACUAAAACCGAAACAGAAAAGAAAAAAGAUUAAAGAGAAGCUUCAGAAAUUCCACAGUAGUAACGAGGAAAAUGUUGAAAAAAGCAUAUUAAAUGUAAAAAAAUUAAAAGCAAAGAGAAAUGCAAAGAUGACGAGAAUGAUGAUGAUGAUGAUGAUGAUGAUGAUGAUGAAGGUGUGAGCUCCGAUAAUGAAGAGGUUGACAUUAGCAGGGGAGAAGGAGACAUAGAAUCAUCAUCAGAUGAAGAGGAUGAAGACAUUCCUGAAGUUGAAGCAAUACAGGUUUGGACUUAGCCAAUGCAUUUUUAAAAAAACAGUAAUUGUUUGACAAAGCUCUUUUUUUAAAACCAUUCUUGAUCCAUAUCUUAGGAUGAUGUUGAGCAUCCUUGGGGAGAAAUGGGUGUUUCUACCAAAACUACAGAAGAUGCGACAAGACGCCUUGCAGUGUGCAACCUUGACUGGGACAGAGUGACAGCAACUGACCUGUUUGGUAGAGUAUAUUUUUUGUCAUCAAGGGGAUAGUUUCUAAAGGAACUGUGGUGCUGCAUUGGUGGGAGAGUGUAACAGGGUAAUUUAGUAUAACUAUCAACUGAAAUAUUUGCUCUGAUGAAGGGCUAAGGCUCCAAAUGUCAGCUUCCAAACUCUUAAUGGUGGCCAAUUUACAUUAUCAACUCAGUUGAUAAUACCAAAUGACCUUGUUAUAUUUUUGUCAAUCACUUCUGUCUAAAUUUUUCCUGGCAAAACAUGUGUAUCAUGCAUAGCACAAUUAGAAGAAAAGCAAACCUGUCUCUGAAAUUCUGUCUUCUGUCUUUUUUUCUUUCAGUCCUGUUUAACUCCUUCAAACCCAGAGAAGGUAUUAUUCAGUCUAUCAAGGUAAUGAAAAUGAAAUAUUCUAUGGAAAUCCUUCUUAGUUUUUUUUUUCUUGGCUUACAAUUUUGAUUUAUUUAUGAUUUGGUUUGUUUGUAGAUUUAUCCCUCAGAAUAUGGACUUGAACAAAUGGCAAAAGAGGAAUGCGAAGGGCCAGUGGAGCUUAAAGAUGAUAUCAGUGACAAUGAGGAAGCAGAAGACAGUAAAAACAGAGAGGUAAUACUUUGAAGUUGUUACAUGUAACUCUAGCAAAGGGAAAGGCUAUUCAGCUAAAGUUUUAAGUACGCAGCUACAGUACCACUUGUGUAUAUGUAAUAUAUAACUGUGCAGACGAAUUUCAUACCUUGGUACCUUUUAUUUGCAUUUUUUGGUUAACGUAUAUGCAAGCAGUACUGUAGAAGAGAGAAUUAAUAAUCAGAUCGUGGGAGUUAUUGGAUAAUGAAAGUACUGAUUGGACAACAUGUUGUACCUAUAAAAAAUGUUCCAAGUUCUCUAUUAUCUGUGUUUUUUUCUCAGGGGUCUGCAUUCUCAACAGAGAAACUGCGACAAUACCAAUUAAAAAGACUUCGGUACUUCUAUGCAGUUGUGGAAUGCAAUUCAAAAGGUACAUGUAUAUGUAAUAAUAAGGAAUUAUUGAAUGAGGUUGAGCAGGACAUCGUGAAUUAUCAAUGUGGAGGUCUAAGUUAUCUGCUAAAGUCGAAGGUUGAGGUAAAUAACACAGACACAAAGUUUGAUAAUUCAUGAUAUUAUGCAAAAACAAAUUCAAUCAUUGUAUUAUUAUACAUUUUUCAAACAUUUUUCAAGAGAUGACACUUUUCUCUGAGUUUGCAAAAAUUUGAUAACACUGCAUAGACAAAAACUAGGCAGACUGAACUGGACAUGAUAAGCCAAUAUCUGCUGCAGACAUUGGGUUAUCAUGUCAACUUCACAUGGCAUUGACUGCAUGCUCUUAACCAAUCAGAGUUUUCAUAGUAAGUCUAAUGUAUAAUAAAAAAUUCUAUCUUGUUGCAUUGUAGAGGUAAUUCAAAUGUUGGUGCUCAAACUUACAUUGGAUGUCAAUUUUCCAUAAGGAUAUAAUUUUUUUAUUCAGAGACGGCAGAAGUCCUGUAUGAUGAAUGCGAUGGAACAGAAUUUGAACUGAGUGGAAAUUUACUUGACUUAAGAUACAUCCCUGAUGAUAUGGAGUUUGAUCAGGAACCCCACUCUGUAGCCACAGAACUACCACCUGUGGGCAUGUAUACGGCACCAGAGUAAGUACACACUCUGUAAUUGUGUACAUUUUCCAUAAAACUUUAAGCUCAAAUUUGUGGUUAACAGAUUUAUUUCCUAGCAUGUAUAUCUUAUUUAUUUCUUUUUUUUCAGGUUUUGCACAACAGCUCUUCAUCAAACAAAUGUUAAAUUAACAUGGGAUGAAACUGAUCUUGGACGACAAAGAGCAACCAUGAGGAAAUUCACAAAAGAAGAUAUACUUGAAAUGGAUUUUAAUGCCUAUCUGGCAUCUUCCUCAGAUGAAGAUGAACCAGAAAAAAAUGAGAAUGGUAACCAUGACUUGUCAGAUGACGAGGAAAAGAAAAUUGAAAAGUACAAGGUGAAGGAAUUACUUUGAACUUUUUGCUUAAGGUUUCUCCAAAAGUUUUUUGUUAUUUGCACUUUAAGAUACUUGGUUUAAACAGGAUAAAGUGAGGAGGGUGGAGGGAGAGGGGGUAGUGGAACUAAAGGACAUUUUGUCGGGAAGGACUUUGUCUGUGUCAUGAUGAAUUCACCUGUUCCCCCCAUGAAGCUCUGUAAUAUUCAUGUUAAACCCCUCUUUGGAAAUUAAUGAGCAGUCAAUUUUUUACAGUCCUCCCCUUAUACUCUGUUGGCAAUGAUUGAUCUCCCCUCCAUUCCCUCUAAAAACAAUGUGACCCCCCCUAAAAAAAUCCUCCACCCUCCCAGGCAAUAAAAGUGACUGGUCCCUAACAUCAGAAGAAGCUGUUAAAACCUUACCAAAAAUUGGAAAAUAUGGUGUUUUUUUAUCACUGUGGUUACAGGAACUUUUAAAGGAGAUUGAAGACAGAGAGCACAAGUCAGACAGAGAUCAGGAGUUAGAGAUCACUUGGGAACCAGGCCUUCAAGAAACUACAGAAGACCUGGUGACCAGUAAGUUAAAAGAGAAAGAGAGAAGACAGAUGACACCAUGGGAGACAUAUCUACAGAAUAAGAAGGAAAAGAGGAAAGAGAAACGAAAAGAAAAGGAAGCUGCCAACAACAAGUGAGAGAGAAUUUGAUUCAUACUUAGGUUUGACUGAGAGGCCAGGUAACAAUGUUUUAAUGAGUUGGCAAUUAGGUUUAUUCCCAUUAAAUUUUGAGGCAUAAGAUUCUAGUGGGAGAAUUUUUUUCUUAAUCCCUUUCAUCCUUAUGAUCUCAUUAUUAAUUCUCCUUACUGCCUGACAUACAAUUCUUAUAAUGUUACUUUGGAGUAUUUAGUGUUAGAUCAAAGAGUAAUCCCAUAAUUGAUAUAUCUUUUUUAUUCUCAUCACCUGUCUGCUUGAUAUUGUAUUGAUAUUGUAAGAAGAAAUUCUGUCUUGGUCAAUGAAAAAAUAAGCUGAUCACAGGCUAGUAGUCCAGACCCGUUCCCACUUGCUCCCGGGAAGUACUUUCAUGGUUGGAGAAAAUUGCAUCUGGGGAAGUCCAAUUUUUUUAAGGCAAAUUUUGCAUGAAAGUCGGGUAGUCAUGAGCCACGACUCACAGGUUUUGUAACAUGAAGUCAGGCGUUCCCUCUUUAGAAGAAAAUUGAAUCGGAAACGUUUUAUGCUGAAAGGAACUUUUAGUUGUGCUCUUUUUUGUGGAUUUUUACUGGGUUGAUGGGUGCUAUGAAGUAUGAAGGCUCUAUCAAAGAAUCUUUUUGCACUUUAGUUCAACAGUCAGAGAUUCCGACGAAAGUGACGACAUUCCUUCAGAUGUUGAUCUAUCAGAUCCUUUCUUCAGCCAAGAACUUGGCACUGAUAUAAAAAGUAAAAAGACACCUGACAAAAUGUCUAAUGAGAAAGGGAAGAAAAAAAGGAAGCGGAAAGCUGAGGAAACUGAAGAGGAAAAGAAGGCAAAGGUGAGUAACAAGAACGGAUUUAAAGGUAAAUAGAAAAAAAAGAAAUUUUGAAUUGAGCGUCGAAAGUAAUCCGAGAUUGUUUUGGUUUUUGCUUUACUUCGCUCUGUGAUUGGUCCAGAAAACUCGCACCAUUCUCUUAACCAAUCAGAUACAAAACUACAACCAAUCACAACUUGGUCACCCACGUUUUCCCGCACUUUAGACUUUUUACUCUGAAUUUGUAUAGGCUCUUCAGACACUCAAUCGAAAAGCGCUCUAUCGUGUCGACACAAUAAAGCAAGCUAGCGGAUAUCAGCAUUAAAAUCAUGCAAUGAAAGUAACAUUUUAAAAUUUCUUAUCUUAAACAUCGAAAUGUUUUCAUUAUAUUUCUAAAUGAAACAUUAAAUUUUUUUCUGUUAAUUAUUUUGAAUCAAGGCGGAGCUUGAAUUGCUUUUAAUGGACGAGAAAGACGACCGACAACAUUUUAGCCUGAAAGGAAUUAUGGAAAAAGAAAAGAAAAGCAAAAAGAAGAGAAAAAGGAAAGCGAAAGACGAGGAAAUUCUGGAGGAUAAUUUUAACGUGGAUCUGAAAGAUUCUCGGUUUGAUGCGCUGUUUACUUCGCAUCACUUCGCUGUGGAUCCUUCAGACCCGCAAUACAGGUAUGAUGAACAUAGGAGUUUUCCCUACUUCAUCGUAUCCUAAUCUCUGGUAGCUUUUUAUUAGUAAGGGAUGUUUAAGAUCUGUUAGCUGGAUGAUUGGAAAGUCUUGUGCAGAUUUGGUUAGUUCGUCAGAAACGUAUAUAUUGCCAGGGUUACUGUGUUAAUAUUGUGAUUCUGUUUCAACAGGAAAACUAAAGCCAUGGAAACAAUUUUAGUGGAACGACAGAAAAGAAGAGAAAAUUCAGAGAUUGGAAAUGCUCAUCCGAGGCAGGAAAAAGGUGGGUACAUUUGAAUCGUGAUUUGCAGUCGAGAAUUUUUUUCUAACCCUGCAUCGCUUUCGUGGGAAUGAGCUCAAGGUUUCCAAGACACGAGGAAGAACAAUUUAAUUAAGGAAGAAAACUCAACUCUUUGUGAAGUGGACUUUGCUGUAUUCUUCAGACUCGUACCCAGUUGUCUCCAAAGCGUGGGAAACGGACGCAGACAGUUUGGCAGCGCGAAGUAUGAUGGGUUGGUUGAAAGCAAGAAAAAAAGCCCACUUUCUCAUCAACCCCUUCUUCAUCACUUUAUCGCUGCGCACAUUUUUUAAAGGACUGGGAACGAGUCAGCUUAUAUAGAGAGGCUUUAUAGAUAAGUGUCUGUCUUAUUUUAGAGGUGGCUCCAUUGCAGUAACUUUCUUUUAUACUUUUUAUUCUUAAACAUUUUUAUUUUUUCCGAUAUUGUAGGAGACCAAAGCCUCAGAAAAGAUCCGAGGUAAGUUUGCGAUUUUACACAAACAUCCUAACUCGCUACAUUUUUGCAAUCGCAUCUGCUUUUUGAGGAAGCUUUCUAGACUACAAACAGUCCCUCCUUUUGGCAAAGUCCUUCGCGCGAGUAAUAAAGAGUCAGAGAAAGUUGAUUUUAGCGCACCUCACGGAACUCUGAGAGUGAGGCGCACACUCAGAGUUCCGCGCGGUGCGUUAUAAUUUUUUUUUGUCCUAAAGGAGGGACUAUUUGUAGUCUGUAAGCGUUCCGCCUCUCUUUCCAAUCUCCGGAAUUAUUUAACCACAUAAAAUGAUUGUGCUUUCCUUUCCUUAGCUUAUCAUUGCUGGUAAAAUCGGUGAAGUCGAAAACAGGACAAUUCUACGAGCAGAAGAGGAAAAAGAAAUUAAAACAUAAGUAGCUAGCAUCACUCAGAUCGAUGCUCCAACUCUCUCUCAGCUUCUUCUUUCUCAAAUAACUGAAGGGAAUAUUGCAAACAAAAUGACCUAGAACACGUUUGAAUCACAUGGCCAUCCCGUGUAAAUCUUCGGGUUACCCCCGGUCGACGACGCACACGAAUACUCAUCGGAAAUACUUCGGGAACUCAACGAGGAUUAGUGAGUUGCACACCGUUGUUUAAACAAGGAUUGUGGGAACAGUUUACAACAUGCGACAAAAAAUUU